AUGAAGUCCUUUUGCGAUAAUGAUGAUACUAAUCAUAGCAACACGACUAAUCUUUUAGGGUUUUCACUCUCCUCAAACAUGUUGAAAAUGGGAGGUAGAGGAGGAGAAGCUCUUUACUCAUCGUCGUCUCCUUCAGCUGCAACUUCUUCCUCUUCCGUUCCACCACAGCUUGUUGGUGAUAUCAGUAGCAACAACUAUGCAGUCUGCUAUGGAUCUAACUCAGUAGCUGCGACAGCCGGGGAAAUCUAUUCUCACAUGUCUGUGAUGCCACUCAGAUCUGAUGGCUCUCUUUGCCUAAUGGAAGCUCUCAACAGAUCCUCUCACUCAAACCAUCAUCACCAAACUCAAGAUUCAUCUCCAAAGAUGGAGGAUUUCUUUGGGACCCAUCACAACAACACAAGUAACAAAGAAGCCAUGGAUCUUAGCUUAGAUAGUUUAUUCUACAAUACCACUCAUGAGCCUAACAACAACACAAACUUUCAAGAGUUCUUUAGCUUCCCUCAAACCAGAAACCACCAUGAGGGAGAAACAAGAAAUUACGAGAAUGACCCUGGUUUGACAAAUGGAGGAGGAGGGUCUUUUAAUGUAGGGGUAUAUGGGGAAUUUCAGCAGUCGCUUAGCUUAUCCAUGAGCCCUGGCUCACAAUCUAGCUGCAUCACUGGCUCUCACCACCACCAAAACCAAAACCACCAUCAGGUCUCUGAAGCUUUGGUUGAAACAAGCGUUGGCUUUGAGACAACAACAGUGGCGGUUGCGAAGAAGAAGAGAGGACAAGAUGAAGUUGUGGUUGUUGGACAGAAGCAGAUUGUCCACAGAAAAUCUAUCGAUACCUUUGGACAAAGAACUUCUCAAUACCGAGGCGUUACAAGACAUAGAUGGACUGGUAGAUACGAAGCUCAUCUAUGGGACAAUAGUUUCAAGAAGGAAGGUCACAGCAGAAAAGGAAGACAAGUUUAUCUGGGAGGUUAUGAUAUGGAGGAGAAAGCUGCUCGAGCAUAUGAUCUUGCUGCACUCAAGUACUGGGGUCCCUCUACUCACACCAAUUUCUCUGUGGCGAAUUAUCAGAAAGAGAUUGAUGACAUGAAGAACAUGACUAGACAAGAGUACGUUGCUCAUCUGAGAAGGAAGAGCAGUGGUUUCUCUAGGGGUGCUUCCAUUUACAGAGGAGUCACAAGGCAUCACCAGCAUGGAAGGUGGCAAGCUCGGAUCGGUAGAGUCGCCGGAAACAAAGAUCUCUACCUUGGAACUUUCGGAACGCAAGAAGAAGCUGCAGAAGCCUACGAUGUAGCAGCAAUCAAGUUCCGUGGCACAAACGCUGUGACUAACUUUGACAUAACGAGGUACGACGUUGAUCGUAUAAUGGCUAGCAACACACUCUUGUCUGGAGAGUUGGCUCGAAGGAACAGCAACAGCAUCGUCGUCAGGAACAAUAGCGACGAGCAAACCGGUUUAACCUCUGUCGUGGACGUUGGUUCGAACAAGGAAGUGAAUACUCCCGAGAGAGUGUUGAACUUUCCGGCGAUCUUCCCUUUGCCUCAGGUUGGGCACAAGAUGUUCGGAGCAAAUGUGGUCGGAAAUAUGAGCCCGUGGACUACUAACCCUAAUGUUGAGCUUAAGACCGUUGCUCUUACCAUGCCUCAGAUGCCGGUUUUCGCUGCUUGGGCUGAUUCUUGA